UAUAGGGCCUUAGUCGACAGAUGAGUGUAAGAUGAGGUGGUUAGCGAGCGUCAGUUUGGUCUUAUGGAUCAUUUCCUUUUUCGAAGUCGCUGAUAACGCAAAAUAUAAUAACGCUUGCUUGGUGAAGAACAAGUACAAGCACGAAAAAUUCUGUAACGGUCCACGUCGUACGUACUAUGAAUUCCAUCGCAUCAUAUUGAACUGUGUCGCGGUGUAUACCAAAUGUCAACCCGUCUACAAGUACAAUGAAUGGCCAUCGAUGGAUAAAUGUCGUCGGGAAUGCGCCUAUCAUAUGAAAAUCAUCGGGCUGCCUCCACUUCCCAAUACGACUACAACUAGCACUACACCUGGUAGUGGAGGAGGAGGCCCAGGAGGCGCAGGCGGUGCAGGAGGAGGGAGCGAAGGCACUACUGCAGAGGCUGGCACUACUGCUGCAGGCGGUACUGGCUAUACAGCUAAUACAGACAGUACUGCCGGUACAGUUGGUACUGGCGCUACAGACGGUACUGCAGAUACAGGCGGUACAGACGGUGGAGGCGGGGAAGUAACUCCUGCAGGCGAUGCAGCCGGUGAUGCUACUCCCGCAGGUGAAGGCGGUGAUACUACUGCAGGCGGUGAAGGCGGCGAAGGCGGUGAUGCAACUGCUGCAGCAGAAAACGAAGCACCACCUGCCGAAGCACCAGCUGCCGAAGCAUGAAGAAGAACACGCAGACUUCGAAAACCUUAAUCCAAUAUGUAGUUUGAAAUGCUUAGAGAAUCACAAUAAUAUAAAUUGGAGCAAUCGAGCACCGCUCUAAUUAGUAGUAUAUAUUA